GAUCAGUGCGCCGCGCACACACACACACACGCACAGCGCUGAGCAGGGAGUAUAAAAGGGGCAUCCUUCCCACUCAGCACAGAAGUGCUCUCCUCACUCCUCACGCUGCUCCAACACGCUCCAACCUCUUCGCUCAAGAUGACUGCGGGGCCGUGUGUGGCUGUGGUGCUGACAGUUCUGUGCACCAGCUGUUUGGGGCUCCCCUACUCCUCCCAGCCCCGAGACGAAGGUCUGCGUACCUUCUCCACUCCACACGAAACUCUCCUCGAGGCCGACGCCAACACUUUGAGGGAACUGCACCUUCGGCACAACCGCUCUCCCCCCCACCUGAAGGCUCUCCCCCUGCCCGAGGAUGGUGCUGACUCCCGAGCCAACCUCAGCGAGCUGCUGACACGGCUCAUCUCCACCAGGAAAGGUUCUGUGCGCAGAAACUCCACAGCGAACAGCAGAGGCGGUGGACUGAGCGCCAACCAUCGGAUAGCAGACCGGGACUAUGUUGGCUGGAUGGAUUUUGGCCGCCGCAGCGCAGAGGAAUAUGAGUAUUCCUCGUAAACAUAUAUCAGAAUGGAAAUAAAGAAGCCAAACCUACUCACGUUGGUUCCUCACUGUCUCACAGCAAGAGUCUAAUUAUGAAGUAUUUGUUGUACAUUCAUUUGUAAACUGUAAUGAUGCAAUAUACAUAUGCCAAAUUUUGCAGGAAAGCCGUCACUGUCCGUGGUUUGUUUGUUUCUGGUUUCUUUUGUGUUUUUCUGCAGAACGGUUUGGGUUCUGUUCAGUCUAAUCAGAGAGAAUAAAAUCUUGAAAAUGUUA